UCCUUUCUCGAAGUCUCUGGUCAAGGCAACAUAAACAGUUUCCAAAUCCCAAUCCGUCGUCUCGUCCUCAGCCGGCCUUGAGCGAGCCGCUCCGCCCCGCCGUAGGGCGUCACUGACCGGAGCUCCUACCAACCACUGCGGCAAUCCCAUACCGCACCGUUGGCCACGUAGGCUCAUUGAUUGAGGUGGCUGAUUGUUUCAGAUCGUCUCGCUCAAUUGCGAUCAGUUUCUUGAUUUGUUUUGCUACUGAGACUGGGUAGUCAAAUUCAGGGCAUUGUGUAUAUUCUGUUGGCCUGUCUUUGAGGAUGGCUGAAGCAUGCCCUGAUAGUCGGCGAUGCCUACCUCCUUGGAUGAUGAAACCCUGCACGAGUAAUGAGGUGUCAAAGACUGAGCAUCGGAAUAAGCAGUCGGCAGAAUCUGAUAAGGGGUCAGGGGCUCUAUAUCAGGCUAAGCCCACCAGAAGGCAGAAAAAAAUUGUGGAUCCAGAGGAUGCCGGUGGGCUGAAGGCGUUGCAGCGAUGCCAGGGUAAAGAGAAGCCCAGGAGAAAGAGCAAGGAUGCUGAUCGUGCUGUCACAGAUGAAUUUGACGAAAUCGAGAAAAUAACUUGUAAGAAUGAGAGGAAAGUUAGUGGAAGAGCUGCUCCGAAGAAUAGCAGGAAACGGAUGCUGGAGGAUGUGGGAUCAGAUGCAUCGUCAUCAGGAAUAACUGAUGAUGAGAUGGAGCUUAGUGCUGGCAAUUCCAGAGCUUUGCAACGAUGUCAGGGUAGAGAAAAGACCAGAAGAAAGCGUGACAGUGCUGAUUAUUCUGCCAAAGAUGAACUUGAAGAAAUUGAGAAAACAACUCGUAAGAAUGUCACAAAAGUGACUGGCAGAGCUGCUCCGAAGAAUAGCAAGAAACAAAAGCCGGAUAAUGUUGGAUCAGAAGCAUUAUCAUCAGGUACAACUGAUGAUGAGAUAGAGCUUACUGUGGAAGAUCUUGUGAGCAUAGCUGAAGAGAUUGUAAAUGCUGAUAAAGAGAAGCUACAAGAUAUACGGACCACAAAGACAUCCCGCUAUGAAGAGCGUCCUCCACGGCCUCCAGUGUCUACUCCUACUGAUACAGGAGGAUCAGUAUCAAGCACUUGGUCAACAAAGGGGUUGAUGCAGUGCACGGCAGCUACUACCACAGAUGAAACUCCAAGCGAGUGCAGAGUAGACAAGAACAAGAGACAUGAAGAACCAGAGUGUCCACCACGUAUCAAAAUGACCGGUGAUGUUGCUGAGGAUAUGAUGAACAUAUUGCUCGGACCCCUGUGGAAUAGUGAGCCUGCAGCCUAUGAAAAUAAACCCGAGGCUGUGGUACCAAGGACCGUGAACGUGAAUCUUGCGCCGCAGCGGAAAAACGACUGGCAGAAGACUGUAGCACAAGUGCAGGGGGCACCUGUGGCGAAAAAGAAGAGCAGCCUGAAAGAUAUGGUGGCCUUUUUUCUUGACUAGAGCAAAGUUGAAGUGCUGAAGUGCAUACGCUAGCAGCCUGGGAGCAUUGUUAUGCCGAUUAGCUGGUUCCACGCAUGUGCAUGGCCUGUAACUAUUGUCCUGCGGCGUUUUAGUCCACGUGUAAAUUAUAUUGUUUUGGUAGGAUAACAAGUCGCUUUUCUUUUCCUUUUGGGGGGAGAAUAAUGUUGGUCAUUUGUAUAGUACUCCCUCUGUCCCGGAAUAUAAGAACGUUUUUGACACCAUGCUAGUGUUAAAAACGUUCUUAUAUUUUGGGACGGAGGGAGUAGUAAUGUUCUUGCCUUCAAGUUGAAGAUGUUUGGUACUGCCUGUGAUGUCAUUGUCAUCUUACCUUUGAUGAUCUUGACUGUGUUUAGGUUCAGGUAAAGAACCACAGGUUUAGCUUC